AUGGUCAGCUUCAAGCUCGCCGAGCUCGUGUUUUCGGUCGCUAUUCUCGGCCGCCUUGUGGCGAUGAUUGGGGGCCAAACGAAGCCCAACAUCCCCCAGAAUGUCGGCCCACCGCCGACUGCGCCUGUCCGCCAUGCCACGGUCGACAUCCAAUGCGGGAACAACUACGGCACGUACCCAAUGGGCAAGGGCUGGGUCUCGUGCACAAAUUACGGCGCAAUGCAGUACCGGUGCAAGGAAGACACGUGUUACGUGGGACUGGACCGGAAAAAGUGCAAGUCGCUCUCACUCAGCAACAUCCCUCUGCAGGAAAGCAAGACUGAUCUGGUGGCCGCGAGCCUCGCCAACCGUGCAGUGGCCAGCAAGGAGCUCUUCUUCUACGACUGCCAACGGCUAGGCAUUGUAGAGCUUCUCCCGCAGAUACUGGUCGUGAGAUACAAAGCGGCGAAUCUGGCCGGGGCCAUCGAAAUCAUGGAUUCAGAUGGCCAGGAAUACAGCUGCCGAUGGACCAAGCCCACGGAUCCGGCCAACGUCCGCGUUUCUUGCUCGUAUUGCGAGGAGCGCCAAUUCCUGCUUCCGACCCCCCCUCGAAGAAGCGAGCUGUAG